AUGUCUGAUCUUGUUGGAAAGAAGGAACCAUAUAUUGAAAUAUAUCAUGUUCCCAGUCAUGAAGAUAUCCCUCUUGAUGACAAAAGAACGGCGCAUCUUUUAGAAGAAGCAAGAGCAAACGUGGAAUUUGCUGAAGAAUCAGGAUACACUCCUGAAUUGACACGUCGAUUUAGUUUGAUAUCUCUUUUAGGAGUAGGAUUUGGGUUAACUAACAGCUGGUUUGGUAUAUCUGCUGGUCUUAUUACAAGUAUAAGCAGUGGUGGACCUAUGAUGAUUGUGUAUGGAACAAUAGUUGUUGCUGCUAUGGCUGCAUGUAUUGGUAUUACUCUUAGUGAAAUGGCAAGUUCCAUGCCUAACUCAGGUGGUCAGUACUACUGGACAGGAAAACUUGCACCUAAAAAAUGGGCACCUUUAAUGUCCUAUUUAUGUGGGUCAUUUGCAUGGAUUGGUUCUGUCUUUACUUCUGCAUCUAUUACUAUGUCUAUUGCUACUCAAAUAAUUGGAAUGUCAGUAUUGCAGAAUCCCCAAAAAACAGUUAAAAAAUGGCAAGUGUUUCUACUUUUUGAAGCAGUCAACAUUUUCCUUUUGAUUUUCAAUAUCUUCGAACGUGCACAGCCUUACGUUUCCAAAAGUGCCUUAUUUAUUUCUUUAUCCUCGUUUUUUAUCAUUAUAAUUACGGUCUUGGCAAUGUCUGGUGGAGAAUUUCAAAGUGCUAGUUUUGUAUUUUCUGAUUUCACCAAUAUGACUGGAUGGAAUUCUGGUGCUAUUGCCUUUUUUACAGGGUUAGUAAAUCCAAGUUGGGCUUUCCUGUGCUUGGAUGCUGCUACUCACAUUGCAGAAGAAACAACCAGGCCAAGAACUGAUAUUCCUAAGGCUAUAUGUAUGACAGUGGUGAUUGGGUUUAUCACUUCAUUUUGCUUUGCUAUUGCUAUGUUCUUUUGCAUGAAAAAUUUAGAUUCUAUUGCUGAUUCAAAUACUGGUGUUCCAAUCAUGGACAUAUUUUAUCUGGCUACAAGUUCUAAAGGUGCUGCCCUUGGAUUGCAGUUCCUUGUAUUGCUAACUGCUGUUGGUUGCAACAUUUCUUGCCAUACCUGGCAGGCACGGUUAUGUUGGAGUUUCUCUAGAGAUAACGGGUUACCAGGCUCUAGAUGGUGGUCAAAAGUUAAUACAAAAACUGGAAGUGUAGUCAACAGUCAUUUGAUGUCUUGUGCAUGGAGUGGAGUUAUUGGGUUUGUCUAUUUAGGAUCUGAUACUGCUUUUAAUUCGGUAAUGACUUGCUGUGUGUUGUUUGUGGCAAUUUCAUAUCUGAUUCCUACGAUAUUCUUGGUUUUCGAUAGAAGUAAACUCAAACCAGGUCCAUUUUAUUUAAAAUAUAACCUUGGGUGGUAUUCUAAUAUUAUUACUGUUGGUUGGACAAUAUUUACGUUCGUGUUUUACAAUUUUCCUUCGGUUAUGCCUGUAGCUGCUGACAACAUGAACUAUGCAUGUGUCGUGUUUGCUGUUAUAUUUGGUUAUUGUCUUCUAGACUGGCAAUUGAGAGCCAAAAUGAGUUUUAUUACCAAUGAACAAAGAGAACAAGGUAGACAAGAACUAGUCAAAAAAUUGCAGGUUACUAGUAUCACAAGCGAUGUUACGAUAACAAAAUCGGAUUGCUAA